UAUUUCGUGUGUUUACAAGGAGUUCGAAUGCUGGAUGGAGAUGUAACUGAUGCUGUUGAAGCUCGAUCAUUGAGUUUAAAUCCACAACAUAUAGACAUCUACAGUGCCUCUUGGGGUCCUGAUGAUGACGGGAGAACUGUGGAUGGGCCGGGAGAGCUUGCAACUAAAGCAUUUAUUCAUGGAGUUGAAAAAGGUCGAAAUGGGCUGGGUUCAAUAUUUGUUUGGGCCUCUGGGAAUGGUGGAAGAAAUAAUGAUAACUGUAACUGUGAUGGCUAUACUAACUCCAUCUGGACUCUGUCCAUCAGUAGUGCCACAGAGAAUGGAUUAGUUCCAUGGUAUAGUGAGGCCUGCUCUUCUACUUUAGCUGCGACGUACAGUAGUGGAUCUGGAGGAGAAAGGCAAAUCUAUGACUUGUUUGCUGUUUCUUGUGAAGUCAGUCACUCAUUUGGCUAUGGAGUGAUGGAUGCUGCAGCAAUGGUAAAGUUGGCAAAAAACUGGAAGACGGUUCCAGAACAGAAAGUUUGUACUGUCAAUGCUCGCUUCAUGGAUAAGAUAAUUUCUCCAAAAACUCAUAUUGACGUUAGUCUGAACAUUCGUUGUGAAAAGGUGAAAUUUUUAGAACAUGUACAGGCUCAGAUCACGCUUUCUUCGACUAGAAGAGGCGACAUCCAUAUUUAUCUGAUAUCUCCAAUGGGCACAAAGUCCACUCUUUUAGAAAGACGACCACUUGACACCUAUCGUUCAGGUUUUGUGAACUGGCCAUUCCUUACUGUCCACAAUUGGGGUGAAAAUCCCAAUGGAGAGUGGAAGCUGGAGAUUCAUAACGAAGGACGCUUUUUUGGUCGUGCCUCACUUACAAACUGGACAAUGAUCUUUUACGGUACCUCAGAGGAUCCCCAACCCUUGCUGAAAACUAAACUUAGAUCUUUAGGGUCUUCCAUAUCAACAAAUUUUACUUCUACCUCAACAUUUCCUACUACUGAGGAUGAAUCAUUACUUCCUUCUACUGAAAAUAUCAUACUGCUGGAUGAGGAUUUCAAUGAUAGUGAUAGCAUUAACUACAAUGUCAGCAGUUUCAACUAUGACAACAAUAGUACCAGCUGUAACUCCACUGCCUUUCCUGGCAUGACUCAAUCAGAUCACAAAUGCUCGGGUAUCAGUAGUGUGGAAAAAAAGGAGUCUGAGUUUGUUGAAAGUGUUAGAAAUGGAUUUGUCUCAAAAUCCGACAUAGGGGUACAUCCUGUUUCAUCAGUAUCCUGGGAUACGGUCUUCAAGAACAUGGAAUUACUAGAGAAUGGUAACGGUUGCACUGCCACCAGUGGAUGCAUGUUACUCUGGUGCCUCUCUCUCCUCUCUAUAUGGUGGAUGAAUAUUGCCGCUCACCAAUAAGAUCAGAAUUUAGUCUCUGCUCUUUUUCUCCAUCCUCUGUGUCCCCGCUGCUCAUUGCAUGUGCUAAAGUUUUGGACUUCUUCUAUGAUAUGUUUGACUUCCAAAUUAUAAUAGUAAUAACAAUACUUUACUGCCCUCAUACUUGUUAUUGUGCUUUAAGAAUGUUUUGUUGCAUUUAACAAAGAAAUAUCCACUGACUGAUUUUAUUGGAAGUUUGUUUUUUACAAAUUGUUUUCUACAUUUCUUAACCUUUCAGUUAAAGAUGAAAUGGUGUGGUGUUAAUUCAGGGAUUGUAGUAAAUAAUAGAGAUUUCAUAUCAUAAGAUAGAGAGAGAUAAAGUAUUUAAAUUGUUAUAUAGAUUUUAAUCUUUAAAUAUUUUUACAGUUGUUAACAGACAUACCUACGUAUAUAUAUACACGUACAUAUAUAUAUAUUUAUAUGUGGUAAAAGUCUAAUAAAUUAACUGUAUUUUCAAAUUUAGCUUCAGUGUAUGUUUGCGUGUAUUUGGUGGUUUUCAACAUUUUUAUUUUAUUUUAUUAAAUGUUUAAAACUAUCUUAUUGAUUUUAAAAACUGUAGUCAUUGCACUGUUUAAACGGCUUUCUUUCAUUAAUUCCAUUUUUUGUCAACAGUCUUUUUUUAAGUACUGCAAGAUUAUUACAAAUAAAUUCCAUGUAUGUGAGUGAUAUUAGUUUUAUGAUAUUUGUAAAACUAUGAUAAACAAAUUAAUAAAAAAAAAUAAUCUUUGAAUACGUGUAAAAUAAAUAUUGAACUUCACAGAAGUUUAAAAAUCAAAUUCCGUAGUUAAAGUGUGGAAAGAGAAUAUUAAGUUGGUUAGCUUGGAUAUAAACAAGUGUUGUAAAGAGAAAAAAAAGGCAUAUUUUUUUUUUUACUUUUAAUAUAAAAUAUCAAACUUAUGUACAUCUCUUAUUAACAUGUUUUUAACGGUGAAAAAAAAUCCAUUCAGCCCAUCAUGGUCACCCUUCAUCUAGAAUAAUGACAAAAGGAAUAAAAUUUCCAACUGAAAAAUAGCCCUUUCCAUGAAAGUUUAAAACAACUGAGCCAUGCGUGGUUUCCGAGUUAACUUGUCAUGCAGAUUGAAGGGUGUGAAGACUUUAUGUUGAUGAACACUCAAUCUAAUAAAUGUGACAUUCAAUUCUAUUCUUUGGCUAAAAAAGUCAGAAAAAGCCUUUGUGGUGGUGAUUGAUGCUGCCAACUGGCUGCUUUUGUUUUGGUCAGUAGUUUAAAGUUAGGAAUAGCUAUAACUGAAUUCUAAGGGUCUCAGAUCUAGCACUUUAGGCCACAUCCUGAUUAUAAAAGUUACUGCAGUUGGUAUAUUACUAUUCUCAAGCUGGGUAAAAGAUCAUACGCCUGUCUAUGUUAAUGUAAACAAUUACAGAAUCUAGGCAUGCAAACAGUAGAUUUAGUACAGAUCAAAAUUUGCAAUGAAAGUAUGUUAGUUUCUGCUCUAGUAAUUUUGAUGUAAAAAUACAUUGAAUUUGCACAAUGUGAGAUUGAUAGAUAUGUAUUGUGAUUUAUUGAUAUAUUGUGUAAAGUCACUUAAUAGAACCUGCUAUUUGAAGAUCGUGUUUUUUCUGGAGAUAAACCAUUGAGAAUAAUCAUGACCUAACCAAAUAUUUUUAGUUAUGUAAAAUUUUGUGACAUGUACAACUUCAUAUAUAUGUGUUCUCAUACAUAAGUUAUUCUUUUAGUGAUGUUACAAUUUAUUUCAUUGCAAGGGUUUUAAAAAAUAGGUUU